UCGCGAUCGAUAAUUCCUAAUGGACGGAAGAAUGGCCAAAGUGUGAAUAAAAUGUAUCGUUGUUAAACAGCUGCCAGCUUUGACAGUGGAUUGGCAAUAUUGUUUCGUGAUACGUGUUUAAGCGUGAAACGUAACAUGUACAGUGUACUUGAUUGGCGUUAAAAUAGUCGUAACGCGUGCGUUUGUACGCAACGAGAAAUAAGGAGGCCAAUGACAUUCAAGUAACAAGUUAACUAUUCGUCAGUGUUCAAUUUUGUUCUAUCUGGUUCAUUUAAUUUCUUUUUAAUUAGAAUUAAUUUACCACAGUUGUUGGAGUAUCUAUUUUUCGAGUUAUAUCUAUUUUAUACUUUAUAUCCUACUAUUGCCGGUCGUUAAAAAAUAUAAUAGAAACUUCUCUUUUAUAACUCGAUAAGUCAGCGAGUAAAAUAGAUGAUUAUCUUGGAACGAAUAAAAUUUUUAAUUAAGAUACAGAAGAUAGAAUCGAUGUGAUAAGAUAAGUAAUGACUAUACCUCGCUAUUCGAUUAAAUGCGACGAUUGAUCGAACGUCACUGAAAAUAAUGGCGAAAUUACCUACCCCAUACAUGUUACGUGUAUAUUUGAUAUUAGUGAAAUUUGAUUAAUCUUCCUUAUACAAUUUUAUUUAUGACGUUCGUAAUAUUCCAAUGCAAGAAAUAAGCGACAAGUGGAUGCUCAUCGGUUAAUGCUGUGGGGAUGCAGCGGUGACUUGAUACGAUUGUUAAGAUUUGGCGAACCUCGAAUUAUAUGUAUAGAGUGGCAAAAAAGAAGCACACAAAGGUACGAUUGCGAUAUACAACGAUGGCAAACAGGUGACUUUCAUGCUCGUUAUUAUUUUUAAACAACGAUUUUUGGCAACUGUCUAUACAUAUAUGCGGGGGUUGCGGAAAAAUUCUUGAAAGCGUAAUUCUAUAAUUUCAGUUUCUGUUUAAGCUUUAAAAGUCCUAUUUUUCUAAGCUUUAAGAAGCAACCUUAUUUCCAUUUUCGUAUUCGACAUUUUAAUAUUCCUUACGCAUGAGUUGUAGAUAUACGCAAUGUAGUUUAACAUAACGGAUAUGAUAAGCAAAAGUAAUAAUUUUGAUAUCGUGGAAAUAUAAUUAACGCUGAAAUGAUUCUCACCCUAAAUCGCGCUCUACUCACUUUCCACGCUGUUAUUGUUCUAAGCUAUCGACUGUAACUUACUGAUUUUUUGGUGGUGAAUUUACAUGUUUAUCUUAAUGUCUCUUUUGGUACUUUUGGUUGACAAUAUGAAGGAUAUAACGAUAAGUAUUACUUCGUCGAUAAUUUUAACGAUUUUUUACCGGUAUAAAUAACGGUGUCGCGAACGAUUUCGACAAACAGAGGAAGAUCGCACAAGUUACGUAUAUAGCAAUAACAGACAUCAAGAACCAUGGGAGCCAUGAGAUUCUUACUUUGCGUUGCAGUCAUUUUUAUGGUUGCCUUUAUCUCUGCGAGCAAUGCUAACCCAGAAGCUAACCCUUCGCCAGAGGCGGAUCCGGAAGCGCUUAACCUAAAGGACAUCUUAGGAAAAAUAAAAGUAAUGUUGUCUGCCUUGAACAAAUAAUCGACCUCGGCGAUACGUGUACAACGGGUGCAGGCACGACUACCGACUUUUAGAUCUGACGACUUUAGAUGCAUAUAUGUAUACUUAACUAAUUCGAAACAUGUAAAACUUGGCCACAUAAAUUUUUUAUUGCUUAACUAGA